AACCAAACCAUCCUUAAAAAGAAUAGGAUUUUCGAGAAUCAAACACAGCCAAUCGAAGAAGCAAAUAAAUUUCUACAAGUGGUUCUGCUUCUUCAUCACCUCAAUAUACCUAAGAGACACCACCAUUGUUGGGCUACAAACAAAUUUGCAGAUAAUGGCUUGUGCUGCUUUAUCAGCAAACAGCUGCACCAUAGCUUCAUCUUCUAGCGGAAGAUUGAGCUUUUCCACAUACCAAAAGGACUCAAAAUUGAGGCAGAGGCAGAGUCUCGUUCGAUUCAGAAUUCGAUCUUCAAUUGAUGAUUCUGAUUGUAAUGCUGAAGAAUGUGCCCCAGAUAAGGAGGUUGGGAAGGUGAGCAUGGAAUGGGUAGCCAUGGAUAACACCAAAGUGGUUGGGACAUUUCCACCUCGUAAGCCGCGUGGCUGGACAGGGUAUGUUGAGAAGGAUACUGCUGGGCAGACAAAUAUAUACUCUGUUGAGCCUGCAGUUUAUGUAGCAGAAAGUGCUAUCAGCUCAGGGACUGCAGGCACCUCAUCUGAUGGAGCAGAGAACACCAAAGCUAUUUCAGCUGGGAUAGCCUUAAUCUCUGUUGCAGCUGCUUCAUCAAUUCUCCUUCAAGUUGGGAAGAACUCACCUCCUCUGAUACAAACUGUAGAGUACUCGGGCCCAUCCCUUAGCUAUUAUAUUAACAAGCUUAAGCCCACGGAAAUAGUCCAAGUUUCAGUAACCGAAGCCCCAACUGCACCAGAAACCGAAGACGUAGCAAAUGCACCAGAAGUUGAAACCUCUGCUCCAGAAGCUCCUGCACCCCAAGUUGAGGUCCAAUCUGAAGCCCCUCAGGACACUUCAAGUUCAAGUUCUAACAUCUCUUAGACAAACCAUUUUGUUUCCUUGUAUAUUUUAUUUGUAGAUGACUUAGUAUACAUAUUUCAGUAAGUUUUUGUAAUACUACUAUUCAAAGAGAACUAUUCUGCGUGUCGAAAAUCAAUUAUGAAUCCUUAAUUGAGUUAGCUCAAUGAUCAUA